ACACCAUGAUUCUAAACUUCGAGUAAUUCACCGGGAUCUCAAAGCUAGCAACAUUUUAUUGGAUGGCAGCCUAAGCCCUAGAAUCUCGGACUUUGGGUUGGCAAGAAUUUUUGCAUGUGAUGAGAAAGAAGGAAAAACAAAGAGAAUCAUUGGAACUUUUAGUAAGAAUUCGUUGUUCCAGAAAAUCUCUAAAUAGGACCGCAUGUUAUUUUAGAAGACUAAUACCAAUCAUUUUGUCAUUACAGUGGCUAUAUGUCCCCUGAGUAUGCCUUUGACGGGAUAUUCUCUGUGAAAUCCGAUGUCUUUAGCUUUGGUGUGCUUUUGUUAGAGAUUGUAAGCGGCAAAAGAAACAGAGGAUUCUGCCACCCAAAUCAUCACCAUAACCUUCUCGGACAUGCAUGGUUGCUUUGGAGUGAAGACGGAGCCAUGGAACUCGUUGAUGGGUGCCUCUAUGAUUUGGUGGAACCUCAAGUAGAAAGAUGUAUCCAUGUCGGCUUGUUAUGCGUGCAGAAGUUCCCCAACGAUAGACCAGCGAUGUCCUCUGUAGUCGCCAUGUUAGGAAAUGAAAGUGCAAGCUUGCCUCGACCUAAACAGCCCGGUUUCUUCAUGGAAAGAAGUUCAAUGGACUUAAGCGCAACCCUGAGGCAUGAAGAACUCCACACUGUUAAUGCAGUCACAGUGACGACGUUGGAUGGUCGAUAGUGCAUUUUUGUGAGGAAUUGCGAAUAGAUCUGACAAAUGCGGUUGAUCAUUUAUUUCAUUCGUUAUCCAAGACUUCUUGGUUUCUGCGCUUGGUAUCAAGUCCAAUGUAUGCAGGUCCAGAAAACCAUUGACCACAGAGUAGCGAUCAGAUCGGUAGAGUUUUUUCUUUUGCCUUCUGCAAGCGACAGUUUGAACAUAUGAUUUAUAUUCUUUAGAAGUUUCAUAUGCA